AUGAAUUCUUUUUGUGUAUCGUUUUCAGUAGGAUUAUUGAUAAUAGUGGUAGUUUCUGGUGCUCCAAAAACCUACGAAGAAAAUUUAGCUAUUCUCAAAAAGGUUGAGUUGAAAGAUAUUUUGAAAAACACUAGAAUCAUGAGAGCUUACAUAGACUGUGUUGUACAUAACACACACUGCACUCCAGAGGGUAUUGCACUUAAAGAGAGCUGGAAAGAAUUUUUGGACAAAAAAUGUGAUACUUGUGAUGAUGAAGAGAAAAAGAAUGUAAAAAUUAUAACAAAAUAUAUCUAUACAAAACAACCGGACUGGUACAAGGAAAUCAUCGACGCUUUGGAUGCAGACAAAAAAUAUACUACUAAGUACCAGGCAGAAUUUGAAAGUAUCGCUAAUGAUCCCACCAUUGAGAUACCAUUAUAA